AUGUCUUCCCUACUCUCCAAAUUGAGCCCUGCAGCUGGAAAGCAGCAGGUUGGUCGCGCUGUUGCCGGUCAAGCCGUACGCACUCGUCCAUACAGUUCUUUCUACCCGACCAUGCGUGUGGAGAAGAAAGUCUCAGCGCCACAACGAUCUCUGAACACCACUAAGCACCUCAAUACCAUUCAUGACGAGUCCACCAUUGACUUCGCCUAUAUGCCCCAAGACAUCUUGUCCGAUCCUGCGGAGUCCGAAACAUUCCGAGUGCCCCUACUUCCAGACAAUUACAGUCCGCCGCUUGAGCAUACGAACAAUGCGCAUCACGACUUUCAUAUGGAAUCAGUGGUAAAGCCGACGAUAUCCACAACGAGCGCCAAUGGCACACACAUUGACAACCCGAGUGCAAUGAGCGACGUCACGGAUAAUCAUGCUCUAGACCUUAAAGACAACGUGUAUGAUUUGACGAAGAAAGUCACGAACGCUGCUGCGUCGAAGAUACAGAAUGUGAAAGAAAUGAACAUGCAAACCGAAGGUGAGGAGAGGGGUUUGGUCGGAGGAAUAGUCAAUGGCCUCAUUGAUGAAAUAUUUGGGCCAAAGCGCGUGGCCAGGCUCUAUUAUUGA